AUAAGAUUAUCGUUAAAGAAUAAUAAUAAUAAUAAUAAUAUUGGUGAGUGUUUCAAUGAGUUUGUGAUCGAUCAUUUGUUGGAGAAAUAUUCAUCGAAAGAUAUUUCGUUCGAUAUUUGCAGCUGUCAGUUUUCAUUUCAUUAUUGUUUCGAGAGUGAGGAUAAGGCGAGACGUAUGAUUAGAAAUGCGAUUGAGAGGAUUAGACCUGGGGGGUUUUUCGUUGGGACGUUGCCUGACGCUGAACGAAUCUGGUUGAAUAAUGGCACGAACGGUGUAUAUUCGAACGAUGUGGUACGGUUAGAGUAUGAUGAUAAAGAAGUGUUGAAUGAUCCGAAUGGUAAACCACCAAUAUUUGGUGCGAAAUUCCAUUUUUCACUUGAUACUCAGGUGAAUUGCCCCGAAUACCUCGUGCACUUUCCUGUAAUCGUUUUCAGAUUACUGAAUGAAUGCGGAAUGGAACUAAUCUAUAAAAAGCGUUUCCCAGAUGCGAUAGAUUAUUAUUUAGGAAUGCAAGAAGGAAGGGGUUUGAUGGGUAGAAUGCAGGCGUUGGAGCCGUAUCCGCCAUUCGAGGGUGUCAGGUGGAUUUAUUUAUUGUGUUGGGAAUGCUUUCAGGGUACUUUGUCGAAGUCUGAAUGGGAAGUAACGGCGAUGUAUUUGGUGUUCGCUUUUCGAAAGAAAAAUAAUGCGAAAUUAAAGGAGUCGAUUUGUAUAUCUGAUUGUUUUGCUUCCAUUUCGGGAUUAUUUUUAAUUGUUUCGUUCAAUUUUUAA